CACCAGUUUAGCGCUCAAUACAUUUCCAUACACCCCUUUUCCUUUAUUUGCUUUCUCUCUCCCCAACUGUUCUUUAGGACUCUUCCUCAUUUUUCUAUUUUUCAGUUACGUUUUUUAUUCACUCGGUCUUUGGAAAUCCCUUCCUCUCAGAAAGGCCGAGAUUCUUCAUCUUCAGAAAAGGAUUUCCUUUCCAUUGCUCGAUCUGUGAUUCUUCGUUUCUUUCUCAUCCAGGUUUUUACUCUAAAAAGCAAUUCCAACGAGAAUAUAUAUAUAUAAAAAAAUGAGUGGUGCCGUUCUUGUGGCUAUUGCCGCUGCUGUUGGUAAUCUACUGCAAGGAUGGGAUAAUGCAACUAUCGCAGGUGCUGUUUUGUACAUAAAGAAGGAAUUCCACUUAGAAAGCCAACCCACUUUAGAAGGGCUGAUCGUGGCCACAUCACUGAUCGGAGCCACUCUGAUCACAACAUGCUCAGGAGCCAUAGCAGACUGGCUUGGCCGUCGUCCCCUGCUCAUAAUCUCUUCUAUUCUUUACUUUCUUAGUGGUAUUCUUAUGUUGUGGUCUCCUAAUGUUUACUUCCUUCUAUUGGCAAGGCUUUUGGAUGGUUUUGGUGUUGGUUUGGCUGUUACCCUUGUCCCCGUUUACAUAUCCGAGACAGCCCCACCUGAGAUUAGAGGCCUUUUGAAUACUCUCCCCCAGUUCGCUGGCUCUGGUGGGAUGUUCUUGUCGUAUUGCAUGGUGUUUGGCAUGUCUCUUUCGGAAUCCCCCAACUGGAGAUUGAUGCUUGGUGUUCUUUCUAUUCCUUCUGUUAUAUAUUUCCUUUUCACUGUUUUUUACUUGCCCGAAUCGCCUCGGUGGCUCGUGAGUAAAGGCCGGAUGCUUGAGGCCAAGAAAGUUUUGCAGAGGCUGCGUGGCCGAGAAGAUGUUGCAGGUGAGUUGGCUUUAUUGGUUGAGGGUCUUGGAGUUGGGGGUGAAACGUCCUUGGAGGAGUACAUAAUUGGCCCAGCUAAUGAGUUUAAUGAUGAGCAGGAUCCAUCUGAGGACAAGGAUCAAAUCAAGUUGUAUGGGCCUGAUCAAGGUCUCUCCUGGGUUGCCAAACCCGUCACUGGUCAGAGCACCACCCUUGGCCUUGUGUCUCGGCAUGGAAGCCUGGCAAACCAGAGCGGUCUUGUUGAUCCUCUUGUCACUCUCUUUGGCAGUGUUCAUGAAAAACUCCCGGAAACCGGAAGUAUGCGAAGCAUGCUCUUCCCACACUUUGGCAGCAUGUUCAGUGUUGGAGGUGGUAGCCAGCCUAGAAACGAGGAGUGGGACGAGGAGAGCCUCGCUAGAGAAGGCGACGAUUAUGCAUCUGAUGCAGAUGGUGGCAAUUCUGAUGACAACUUGCGUAGUCCAUUGAUAUCACGACAGACAACGAGCAUGGAGAAAGACAUGGUCGCGCCUGCUCAUGGAAGCCUCACAAGUAUGAGGCAGAGCAGUUUAGUUCAUGGUAAUGCCGGGGAACCGGUUGGGAGCACUGGAAUUGGUGGAGGCUGGCAAUUGGCAUGGAAGUGGACUGAGAGAGAAGGCGAAGAUGGUAAAAAGGAGGGAGGUUUCAAGAGGAUUUAUUUGCACCAAGAGGGUGUCCUUGGAUCUCGGCGAGGAUCUAUAGUUUCUCUUCCUGGUGGUGAUGUUCAAGUGGAGGGUGACUUCGUCCAGGCUGCUGCCCUGGUUAGUCAACCGGCUCUCUAUUCGCAAGACCUUAUGCGAGAGAAUCCAAUUGGACCGGCUAUGGUUCACCCGGCUUCAGCUGCGAAAGGUCCAAGUUGGAGAGAUCUUUUCGAACCGGGAGUCAAACAUGCUUUGUUUGUUGGCAUGGGAAUCCAAAUCCUUCAGCAGUUUGCUGGCAUCAAUGGAGUUCUCUACUAUACACCUCAAAUCCUUGAGCAGGCAGGUGUUGGGGUUCUCCUUUCGAACUUGGGACUUUCAUCAUCUUCUACAUCUUUACUUAUAAGUGGACUAACAACUCUCCUUAUGCUUCCUUGUAUCGCUGUUGCCAUGAGGCUUAUGGAUAUCUCUGGGAGAAGGAGUUUACUGCUCAACACAAUCCCUAUCUUGAUAGUGUCUCUUCUGGUCCUAGUCCUUGGGAGUGUUGUGAAUUUGGGCAAAGUUUUUCAUGCAACGAUCUCUACCGCCAGCGUUGUGCUCUACUUCUGUUUCUUUGUCAUGGGAUUUGGCCCAAUUCCUAAUAUCCUUUGCGCGGAGAUCUUCCCCACCCGAGUUCGUGGACUCUGCAUCGCCAUCUGUGCACUCACAUUUUGGAUCGGAGACAUCAUCGUCACCUACUCGCUACCCGUGAUGCUCAAGGCUGUUGGCCUUGCUGGUGUUUUUGGCAUGUAUGCAGUUGUGUGCAUCAUUUCAUGGGUCUUUGUUUUCUUGAAAGUCCCAGAAACCAAGGGCAUGCCUCUUGAAGUUAUCACCGAGUUCUUCUCCGUCGGUGCAAAGCAGGUUGCAGCUGCGAAGAACGAUUGAUUUCAAACUUAACAGAUCAAAAAAAAAAAAUUUUGACAGUUUGUUUUAUUUCCCUGGUCCUGUUUGAUAAUUUCUAAUUUCCUUCUGCGGUUUGGAAGUGGUAUUUUUAUUUUUAAUUUUUGUGUAGAAAGGAUCAUUUUCUUUAUUGGCUCAUUUGUCAUAUUUGGUAUGCAACAAACUGACGUCUUCUUUGGCGUGUCAUACUGUUUUUGGAGUUGAAAUUAUGGAGGGGAAGAACGUAGAUUUCUGCCUA